AUGGAGCAAUACCGCUCGCGCGAGUUGCCCGAGGCCGAGCCCCUGCGCUUGCCCUCGCUCUCGUUUUCGACCGAGUGGAGGAGGCACCCAGACGCAUGUUUCCAGCGUCCCGCGGAGUCAUCGAGGUAUGACCUGGCUUUUCGGGGCAAGCACGUUAAGCUGGACAUGGAGGCGGCAGUCGUCCGCGGGAAGCUGGUUGUCCACACGGUCCAGCGACUCCUGAUUCCUCUGCGAGACCGGAAGCCCCUUAGGUCGGGUUGGUGGUUGGGGCGGGGCCUGAUUGUCGACCCGCAGUAUCAUGGGUUCCAAACAUGCCGGCACGAGCACCCCUACUUUCCGCAUCGUAAGACAGAUCUCAGACUCUGUCCUCGCCGGCAGGUGGAAGGCCAGCUCGGUAAUCACUGGCUGGCUAUGUCCUCCCGGCAGGGCCUAUUGAGCCGGGUGUGCAACAAGCGCGUUCCAAACAUUCGCAGGAUAACGAAGGGCGAAUGCAGCUACUGCCCGACAAAGUGGGUGCUGACGACCUACGAUCAUGCGAUCGGAGGCGUGGAGGCAGUUGUCGACGUAUGGCAGAAUCUGGGAGACUGCAGAUCCCCGCUUGAUCCUGGCUGGUCCUUCUGCUGGCAAGCUCCGUGCAUGAAAGGCGGCAACGGAAGGCAUAUCUGUUCGGGUUGGAGCAGCAAGGCAGACCUUGGCUCUUUUUCACCAGCAGCGCACCAACGUCUCCAAGAGUGGAAGACGGCAAAUGCGAUAGAGCUAGAUGACGAGACGUGGUGCCACCUGCCAGUGGGAGAGAGCGCUAUCAGGCACCCGUCGGCCACAAGUGUCAUGGCCUGUUGGAGGAAAUUGUGA